AUUUUGAACCAAUAGUGACACAGUUUGUAUUGCUGAGAGUAGGCGGGAUUUCCAUGCGAAUUUAGCAUUGCGGCCUCUGCUGAAGGGCACCUGCUUCAUUCCGUUUGUCAAGGGGUCGUGUGCUAAAGGACCAUCAACUAUCCAUCAUGGGAGGACAUGACGCUGGAACCCAGCACCAGUUCACUGGGAUUGCAAAGUACUUCAAUUCAUACACAAUCACAGGAAGGAGGAAUUGUGUUUUGGCCACAUAUGCCAGCAUAGUAGCCAUCGCCCUAUUCUUCAAAUUGAAGCCCAAGAAACAGGCCGCCAUCACAGAAAAGUGAUCAUGUGUCCAUUUUGACCAUCAUUUAUUGCAGCUGGGAGUGGAGAGAGCAGCUUGAUGUGCUUGUAAUAAAAUAUUACUGUUCGGUGUCCCUAUGUUAACAAUAAAGAACAUUUAUGCCCAAGACAUAGAAAAAA